AUGGCCUUCCUCUGGCUGCUCUCCUGUGCCACCCUCAUCGGGGCCGCCUUUGGCUGUGGGGUCCCGGCCAUUCCCCCAGUUGUCAGUGGCAUACAGAGGAUCGUCAGUGGGAAAGAUGUUCGUCCUGGCUCCUGGCCCUGGCAGGUGUCUCUGCAGGACAGCAAAGGCAAACACAUGUGUGGGGGCUCCCUGAUCAACAAGGACUGGGUGGUCACUGCCGCUCACUGUGAAAUCAGCACAUCUGACACAGUUGUUGCUGGAAUAUUUAACCUGAAAUCAAAGAAGAAGAAUAUCCAGGUCCUGAGGAUUGCUCAGGUUUUUGAUCACACCAGUUUUGACAACCAAACCGGUAGCAAUGACAUCGCCCUACUGAAGCUGGCCACGCCCGCCCGCUUCUCCAAGGUCGUGUCCCCCGUGUGCCUGCCCAGAGCUGAGGACAACUUCCCUGCCGGGUCCCUGUGUGUCACCACAGGCUGGGGAAAGAAUGAUUACUACGGCAAGGCCUCCAAGAAGCUGCAGCAGGCCACCCUGCCCCUCCUGUCCAACGCCGAGUGUGUGAAGUCCUGGGGCAACGACAUCACUCAUCUCACGGUCUGUGCAGGGGCCAACGGCGUCACCGCUUGCACGGGCGACUCUGGCAGCCCCCUGGUCUGCAAGAAGGACGGAGCCUGGACCCUGGUGGGCGUCGUGUCCUUUGUCAGUAUCCCCUGCCACACCAAUAUUCCCACUGUGUACUCCCGUGUCACAGAGUUUAUACCCUGGAUUCAGAAUAUUAUGUCUCAAAAUUAAGCUCUGGUUCCUCCCA